UGUGGUAAAGUUAUCAGAAGUUGCGGACAACCUCUGUUGCUAGAUAAUAAAAUACCACAGGCUUUGGAUGUGGUUGAAUUUAUGAAAAUUUAUAAAGGUCCUGUAGACAAAUUAGUAAAUCAAGUUGUGGGUUAUAGUAUUCCUUUACUAGUAAAUGGAUGCAGGCAAAAAGAGUGCGACAUAGGAAAAGUAGUAACGCAAGCUAUGUUACAAGCUGCUUAUAAAUAUUUAGGAAUAAAUAGUAUGAUAGAAAUUGAUAAUAAUCAUAAACCAAAAAAGAAUAAAACAUUUGAUUUAAUUGUUCUACAAAAUGCUGGAGGAAUCAGAUCCAAUCUGAUGCCAUAUGAAAACAGUACAGUUAUUUAUGGAAUGUUAAUGUCGGUGAUGCCUUAUGAGAGUACUUUAUUUAAGUGUGAAAUAACAGGCAAACAAUUAAAAGCAAUGCUAGAAUGGGGUGUAACUAGAUACACAGUGAACAAUGAGCGAGGUGAAUUUCCACAAGUGGCAAAUAUAAAUGUUACAUACGAUCUUACAAAAGAUAAUGGCAGUCGUGUUAUUGAUUUAAAAGUAAAAUUGGCUCAGUGCGGAUUCAUAUGUUCCCAAGGAGGUGAUGGAUAUAGUGUUUUGCUAGAAUCUACUGUCAAUAAAACAAACAUGGGCAUUCUAGACACCAGAGCUCUUGCAGAUUAUUUUGAGAAACAAAAUAUAACUGAAAAGUUUCUAAAAGGCUUACCACCGAUAUUAUUAUUGCAAAAGAAUAUGUUGCUAAAACUUAAUAGAACAUAA